UUAAGUCGGGGUUUGCCUUGUCGGCCUUGUGUAUGCCUUUAUUUAGUGUGGACCAUCCCUUUUCCCGGCACGUCGAGUAAACCUGCUUUACUCAGUGGGAAAGUGUGAGACAGGCGACGUCACAGUCGUUGCAUCCAUACCUACUCUCAAUACGUUUAUCGAAAGAUUAUUGCGAGACACGGUUACGGCUUUGGACGGACUGUCGGGCUGAUUCGAUCUGGACAGGCUUCUUCCUAGUCUUUUGUUGAUUGAUCACUUUUGAGAAUUCUCGACGGGACUUGCACACACGACUCAUCAUGGGGUCCAUCUCGGCAUCGGCACGACAGGUCCGCAUGCUCGUCAUUGGCGCAGGAAGUCGAGGUCACGCCUAUGCGUCGGCCAUCACCACGCACCGACACGACACUGGACCAACACAUAUCCCCGCUAUCAUCGCAGGCGUCGUCGAGCCCAACACGUAUAAACGUGGAGUGUUUGGUCAAAAGUACAUUUGGGGCCCUGCAGGACGCACCAGUCCAUGUGACGGCGAAGAAUGGACAGAUUGGCAGACAUGGGUCGAACAUGCGGAGACACAUGGUGCGGGGGUGGAUGCCAUUGCGAUUUGUGUUUUGGACGAGAUGCAUGUUGAUAUCCUAGCUGCGGUCAAGGGCCUAGGAGUGCAUAUCCUGUGCGAGAAGCCACUUGCACCGCGACUGGGUGAUAUCCAGACAAUUUGGGAUGCGUAUAAAGAUGCGGGAGUGGUGCUGGGCGUGUGUCAUGUGCUGCGGUAUAGUCCACACAACAUCAUGCUGAGAGACCUGGUCAGAGUGAAGAAGGCUAUUGGGGACAUCGUCAGUGUGGAGCAUACAGAGCCUGUUGGGUGGUGGCAUUUUAGCCAUUCGUAUGUCAGGGGAAACUGGCGCAAAGAGUCCAAGACAGCGCCAUCGCUGAUGACUAAAUCAUGCCAUGACAUUGACUUUCUGCUCUGGCUCAUGUGUUCACCGACACAUGCGGAGAGUGACGAGCCGCCCCACGCACCAAAGUAUGUUGCCUCUUCAGGUUCGCGCAAGUUGUUUCGCAAGACAAGGAAGCCGACUGCGGCGGGGGAAGCCACCAACUGCCUAUCGUGCCCAAUCGAGCAAGACUGCAUUUAUAGUGCAAGGAAAAUAUACGUUGAGAGACGGCUGGAGAAAGGAGAUACCGACUGGCCAGUAAGCAUCGUCAAUCCGGAGAUUGAGGAGUGCUACAAGUCGGCCGGUCUGGAGCCAGCAAGGGAUAUGCUACUCACCAACCUCAAAGAGGACUACUCUAGAGAGAUGCCCCAGGAAGAGAUAGACGCACGUCCAUGGUUUGGCCGAUGCGUUUGGGAGUCUGAUAACGAUGUGAACGACGAUCAGAUUGUGACCAUGACUUGGGAAGACGAUCCAAUCGAGCGUGGGCACGGGACCGCGGAUGCCCUUGAAGGACGUGCAGAGAAGACAGCGCAGUUCCACAUGAUUGCGUUCACAGAAAAGCAGUGCGACCGUCGAGGGUGGAUCUAUGGGACCAAAGGCGAGAUAGAAUACGAUAGCUUCACCAUCAAGGUGCAUGACUUCGCAACGGGCCGGACUGAAUCAUUUGUCCCUAAACAGAUGGGCGGGGGACAUGGUGGUGGAGACAGUGGACUAGCGAGACAGUUCGUUCUGGCCGUCGACGCCGCAAUCAACCAGGCAGUGCCGGCAGAGACAGCACAGAAGCGAUAUCUGGGAUGUACUUUGGAGGAAGAGAUUCGAAGCCAUGCCUUUGUUUUUGCUGCAGAAGAAGCUCGCCACGAUCGAAAAGUCGUGGAUUGGGAUGUAUGGUGGCAUGACCAUGUGCAAGCAUAAAGAAGCCUACUAUGAGACGCGCAUCAGCAAGGGGUAUAGUAUCGCCAAUACGGCAGGCUUGUAGGAGGAAAUCGGGGCAGUGAUGUGUUCGCUGAGGUUGCAUCACUUGCAA